AUGGCUGAAUCUGCUACAACAGCAAAGCUUGCCUCUACCCACAAGUACUGGAAAUGCAAGCAAGACUUCAUCAACGGCAACGUCUGCGGCGAGACCAACGACAUGGAUGUCAAGCAGUGCAAGAGCUGCAAGGCGAAGCGGGACGUUGGCGAUGAGGCGUUGAAUUCCUACGGUGCAAAGCUCGGGAAACUCGUCCAAGUCAAUCGGGACGGAACAGAGCGCUGGGAGUACGACUAA